UUACACUUCUCAGCGGCAGAGCCGACAGCUGUGCAGCAACUUCUAAACGCCAAAACAGCGCAGAAAUGGGAAAAAUCUACCAGGUCGUGGUGCAUGGAUUCAGAGGGGAGAAGGUGACCAUUGACCUGUGCAACACGGAGGAGCAGAUGAAGAGCAUCACGGUGCUGCAGCUUAAAGACAAGAUAGCAGAGAAGGUUCCCGCGAACAAAGGGGUGGAGGCCAUUCGGCUGAUCUUCACCGACAAGGCCCUGGAUGACGACAAGAAGAAGCUGUCUGAAUAUGGAGUCCAGCACAUGUCUAUCAUCUUAAUGGUGUUGAAGGUUCCUGGAGGAAUGACAGCUUGACAGAGACCAUCUCCUUCUGCUGCUUCCACUGCCACUGCCGCCGCCGCUUCAUAUAUAUUUACUCUUGACAACAUUGUUUACAAGUUUUAAAUCAUUCCUGUGUUGCCUGUUUUAUUGCGAUGAUCACUUGUACGAAAUAAAAUCAAGUAUUUGUAAUGUCUCAA